GAAAAGCAAAGCCGAAUGUAAACAGUCGGAAAUUGUGCAUUCUUUUUAAAUUCAUUCAAACAGUGCUCUAACAAUGAAAAAUAACAAAAGCGCAGAAGAAGUAAACUUUCAAGUCUGACGAAACAAGAAAAUCACAAAGUGCUUUCAACAUUUUCGUUUCUUUCUCCAGGCACAAGCCGCUUUCCAGAUAGAUCGUCAUUAUUAUUAUGUAGCCAGCUUGUAGUGCAGUGCCUUGAGCGUUAAAGCAAUUAUUAUGUCGUACACGUAAACCAGAAUUUGUUUCAAAACGCGUUAGUUGACUUAAAGUGCAUCAACACAAGAGCUGCUAAAUGGAUGUGUAAGCAUAUGUAAUAAACCUAGUAAGGUGUACAGUUUUGUGUGGAUAGUUCGAUGACCAUGGAAUCAGGACCAAGAUCAAACACCGAUGCGUCAGAAAUGCCUUUAAGGGAGAGACGCAAUCCUGAUCAGCACUGGAGGAGUGUGUUUGCGAGGGUGGAUACUGAUAACGAUGGUGUUAUAAACAUGUCCGAAUUGAAAGCAUUUAUUAUUAGUCAGAACAAUUCCGAGGGACUUGCGGACCAUGUUGUCCAAAGGAUCUUGAAAGAUGGCGACGGAAACAACGACAGUGUUCUUAAUUACGAUGAAUUUCUGCAUUUGGUACACAAUCCUAAAUAUGGACAAAUAUUCGGACAACUUGUCAGAAGAUAUACAGACAGUUACAUCCACUUUCUGCUUCCUCGACGGCGAGAUCCUCAUCGAACAGUAGUAGAUGGAGCAGUCGAAGAUGCCACAACUUGUUGCCCUCCAGCUCUAGGGAUGGUUAUAAUAUCCCUAAUUGAAAUAGUAUUUUACGCAAUAGAUGCUGCAAAAGGUUCCACCGUAAACGCCACAGGCCCUAUAGCCAGUCUCUUCAUUUACGAUCCACAUAGGAGAUACGAAGCGUGGAGGUACAUCACGUACAUGUUUGUACAUAUUGGAUGCUUCCAUCUAGUGGUCAAUUUGGCGGUUCAAAUUCUUCUUGGAGUGCCUCUAGAAAUGGUUCAUCGAUGGUGGAGAGUUUUGCUGAUAUAUUUCGCAGGAGUAAUAGCUGGAUCGUUGGGAACGUCACUCACAGACCCUUCGGUGAAGCUUGCUGGAGCCAGUGGUGGUGUAUACUCACUGAUAACAGCCCAUAUUUCGUCCAUUAUCAUGAAUUGGAAAGAAAUGGAGUUUCCAGCCUUGCAGCUUCUCAUUUUUCUUAUUAUAACGGGCUGUGACGUGGGCACAGCCAUCUACAACAGGUAUGUUCUAAAUAUAAACGAACACAUUGGUUACUCGGCCCAUUUUGCCGGAGCGUUGGCAGGCCUGCUGGUUGGCAUUCAUAUUUUGAGAAAUUUUCGAGUUACCCGGGCCGAAAAAAUUAUUUGGUGGAUCAGUACAGUCACCUACGUUUUUCUCAUGGGUUUCGCCAUUGUGUGGAAUAUUGCUUAUGUCAGCUACUUCCCUACUCAAAUAUACUCGAAAAAUUUUUAAUUGUAGAAUAGAAUUUAUACCAGUGGUCGUGGGAAUCAUAAGAUUUCUUACUAUAAUUUUGGUUACCAGUUCUCACACAAAAAGUAGAUGGAACUUGAUUUUUUAUCGUUCAUGUAUUAAUUACACUGGCCCAUGUAAUAUAGUCCUUGCAGCAGAGGACAUAAAUUAUAUUGUUUUUUUCUUUUUUCGAUAAUACAUACGUGUCUAGGUACAUUUGUCGGUUGGUUAACAUGUAAACACAAAAGACUGGUUUUUAUAUGAUAUCUAAUAUAAACAUAUAAUAACGGUAAAUUUUUAUUUUUUAUAAUGUGAAUAUACAGGGUGUACCAAAAAUACAAUGAUUAAUAUAGUGAGUGCAUUGUCCUACGGUUAGUGUAAGUGAUGAACUGUACAAUAUUAUUAAUGAAAUUGCACAAAAAUAAUCGUGAAUGUAAUUAUUACUUCUUUCCUUUUUUGGGUGCCUUAAAAUUAGUUUUAUGAGCCUUUACUAUAACUAUGCAGUAAUAAUUAUACCUGUCCGAUUAUUA